AUGAAACUCGUACACUUUUUGAUGAAACUGCGCAAUGAACAAGUGACUGUGGAAUUGAAAAACGGGACCACGGUCUGGGGCACUCUGCAAACAGUGUCUCCGCAGAUGAAUGCAACGCUGACAGACGUCAAGCUGUCACUGCCCAAUAAAAGCGGGAACAACGCCGCAGCAGGUGUGUUUCUGAGCGGAGGAGAGCAUAACACAGAACAGAAAACCACAGCGCUGCAGUAUAUCAAUAUUCGGGGAAAUACAAUCCGGCAGAUUAUCUUGCCAGAUGCGCUGAACCUGGACUCAUUGCUGGUGGACGAAAGACAUCUGCAAAGAAUGAGGCACUCUGGAAAGCUCACAGACGAAUCGGGGCGCAAAAGACGACUGGAUACAGCUGGUGGGCCUGCCAAACGUGUUAGACGGGCACUGUGA